AUGUCUAAUUCUCAUAAUGACCCUCGUACAUCCAUUCCCAAUAAUUUUGGGGAUGUGAUGUCAUCAAGAACCACUACAUUACUAUUACCCAAUGAAUUUUCUGGGUUAGAAAGGAUUUGUUUAACAGCUAACGGAAAUUUACAAAGGAUAUUAAGUUCUUGGUUUAAUAAAACGGUUACAAUAGAUAUUGUAAAAAAUGAUUCGGUUGACAUUAAAAUGGAAGCACAAAAGACCACUUUUACGAUUGGAAACCUUAAUUAUAAUGAUGGUCAUGUUAAUAAUUGUAAUGAAUUACCAAUUUUAAAACGGUUUGACAGAGAAGUAAAUCUUGUUUGUGAAGAUAAAAUUAUUUGUAAUGCUAAAAGUGAUGUUAUAAUUAGAGAUAGUAGUAUAGUGCAAUUAAUUGAACAUGAAGGCGUUGGGAUUGGUCAAUUAUUUAGGUAUCUUGAUAAGUUACCAUCGUUUCAUUUAAAUUAUGUUGGAAGAACUGAAAAAACUUGGUGGAGAGAAUAUUCUUUAUAUAUUCCUGGCGUUGAAUGUCACAUUAAAGAAACAUUUCCAAGUAAUAUGUUUGAAAAUUCCGAAGGAACAAUAGAUGGUGAUGAUAAUGAUGGAAGCACGAAAACUUGGAAAGUAGUAUAA